AGCUCGAAUUUCACCAUUGUUUCUUUCACUUUCGACUACAAAGCUUUGCUGUUGAAAUGGCGUCGAUCUCAGUGAGUGAUCUGAGGAUUGUCCUGAUGGGGAAGAAUGGAUCAGAAAACAGCAGAGUGGAAAACUUCAUCAAAACUAAAGCAGUAGUGUCUGACAGUGGAGCUUCAUCUCAUGUCCAGCAGACCAGAAUUAUUGGACAAGAGAGAAACAUCAGAGUUUUUAACUUAGCAGACCUGUUUUAUCCUAAUCUCCCACAGGAACAGGUCAGACAGGCAGUGAAUGUGUGUGUGUCUCAGUGUGCUCCAGGCCCUCAUGUGUUCAUUCUCGUACUGCAGUAUAAUGACUUCACUGAGCAGGACAGAGACAGAGUGAAAUUUCUACUGAGUCUCUUCAGUCAGAAGGCCAUCAAGCACACUAUAGUGCUGACCACUGAUGAGGAGCCACGCACAUCCAUAAUACCAUAUAAGAUUAACAUCUUUGGGAAUAACUUUAUUAAUGGUUUAAUUAGGGAUUGUGGAGGACAUUUUAAGUUUGAUGAAAAAAGCCCAACAUGUUGCUUUGACUUAUUCAGAAGGAUAGAGAAGAUCCUCAAGGAAGGACAUGUAGAGUUUAUCAUCUGUGACAUGUACAGAGAUGGAGGUGAUGGAACAGCAGUGGAUGGAGAUCCAGACAUGUCAGAUCACAAAUGGAGUGCAAAAUUCAUUGAGAGCACACAAACAGAAAGUGAUGGAGGAGUGACUUCUUCUGGAAAAGCAAAGCUGAAUUUUGUUCUGUGUGGAAAUAAUUCAGCACUCAAGAGCUCAGUGUCUAAAGUGUUCAGAGGGACAAUGAAUAAACCUAAGAAUAUAACAGGGAAUAUUCGUCAAAAAGACAGAAGUAAAGAGUGUGUGAGGAAGGAUGGAAAGAUUGAUGGGCGGGAGAUCAAUGUAGUGGAGCUUCCAGCACUGACUCGACUCUCAGAAAAGGAAGUGACUCAGGAGACCCUCAACUGUCUAUAUCUCUGUGAUCCUGGAGUUGAUCUGUUCAUCCUCGUCACUCCUGUCACUGCACUCACUAAUGAAGAUAAAGCAGAAAUGGAGAAGAUCUACAGAAUAUUCGGUUCGAAAGAGCUCUUUGUAGUGCUUUUCAUUAUUGAACACACUGUCAACCAAAGUCCAUCAGAGUUUGUGUUAUCAGAAGAAUCUCAGAGUGUUGUGAGUCUCUACGGGUGCUGGUAUGAUGUGAUGCAGAUAAAAGACCCCAGAAACACAGUAAAGAUCUCAGGGCUGCUAUAUUAUAUAGACAACACUAGGACUGAACCCUAUUCACUUCAGACGUUUAUGAGAGCCAGAAGUGAACUAGGGGAGAAACUGAGUGAGAGAGACAAUGAAAUCAGAGAGUUGCAGCAGAAGAUCAAGAGACUGGAGUGUGUGAAGCUGAACCUGGUGCUGUGUGGGAAUAGAAGAUUAAAAUCCUCCAUAUCAGAGCUGUUCAUGAGUGAGAGUCGGAGAGGUUCUGUGGUCAAUUCAGAGUUCACAAGGAGAGACCUGGAGCUUUGUGGUCGUCUGAUUAGUGUGAUGGAGCUUCCAGCUCUCAUUAGUCUCUCAGAGGAGGAAGUGAUGCGUCAGACGCUCCGCUGUGUGUCUCUCUGCCAUCCUGGAGUUCAUCUGUUCAUCCUCAUUAUUCCUGAUGAAUCUCCCCUUAAUAAUGAAGACCGAGCAGAAAUUGAGAAGAUCCAGAAGAUUUUCAGCUUUAAAACCAACAAAAGUAUAUUGACACUCAUAAAGCAGGACUCAGAGCUUCAUACAGCAAAACUCAGUGAAGAAACACAGGCUGUCGUCGAGAGACUUGGAGGACAACGUCAUUUCAUUGGCCCAAACACAGAAGUGUCCACAUUGAUUGAGAUGAUUGAGCAGAUGGUGGAAAAAAACAAUGGACAGGUUUUCUCAACAGAGACAUUCCUGGAGCCACAGAUGGACAAACUGCUGAAAUUCGAUGAAAUGAAGAGAACAAUCCACAAGUUAGAGACAUUGUUUCAGUCACAAGAUUCAAGCGAAAGUGAAGAUGACCUAAGGAUUGUUCUUCUGGGUAAAACUGGAGUUGGGAAGAGUGCAACUGGAAACACAAUCUUAGGGAGAAAAGUAUUUAAAUCAGACAUCUCUCAAAGUUCUGUUACUAAUGUGUGCCAGAAACAAACAGCUGAACUCUACGGCCGACACAUUACUGUGAUCGACACUCCAGGACUGUUUGAUACUCAACUCAGCAAUGAAGAAAUCAAGAGAGAAAUCAGCAACUGCAUCUCCAUGAUCCUGCCUGGACCUCACGUGUUUCUCCUGCUGAUUUCACUGGGAAGAUUCACUCAAGAAGAGGAAAAAUCUGUGAAGCUCAUUCAAGAGACAUUUGGUGACAACUCGUUAAUAUUCACUAUUGUGCUAUUUACCAGAGGAGACGAUUUAGAUAAUAAAGACAUUAAACAUUAUCUAAGUAGUCCUGGAUCAACUUUGAUGAACCUAAUUGAAGCAUGUGGAAACAGAUACCAUGUCUUUAAUAACCGGUCUGGAGACCAAAAGCAAGUGACUGAACUACUGGAGAAGAUCAACAAUAUGGUGAAGGCAAACGGAGGGAGUUACUACUCAUGUAAGAGGUUCAGAGACAUUGAGAGAGAUCGACAAAACAAAGAAAGGAAGAUGCUUUUGAUGAAACAUGAAGAAGACAUAGAAAAUAUGAAGAAGAUAAUGAAGAAAGAACAGCAGAGGAGUAAGAGAAGUGAGGAUGAAUUUAAGGAUAGAGUAGAACGGUAUAAAACAGAGAUCAAAGAAAAAGUAGAACAAGAGAGAAGUUUGCGAGAUGAGAUGAUGCAAGAGCGAGAAAAAUGGAAAAGAGUGAUAGAGGAGGAAAGACAAAAAAGAAAUGAGGCGGAUGAGUUGAGAAGAAAGAUAGAACAGGAAAUGUGGAAUAAAUAUAGUAAAAGUCUGAAGGAGAAAGAUGAACUUCGGUUGAAAUAUGAAGACGUGAAAGGAAGAAUUACAAUGAUGAAAAGAGACAUAAAAGACAUAGAGGAUAGUGAGAAAAAGAUUCAAGAGGAGAUGAGGAGAGAUAGAGAUGACUGGGAGCGACUGAAACAACUGGAAAUACAACGAGAAGAAGAGGAAAAAGAAACAAGAAGAUAUAAUGAACCUGGCAACGAAAUUCCAGAGGAUCAGGACACAAGUGAUGAUGAAAUUUCAGAUCCAGAGUGUUUGAGAAUUGUGCUCUUUGGCAAAAAAGGAAGUGGAAAGUCUGCCACAGGAAACACUAUUCUCGGAAUUGAAGAGUUUCACAGUGAAGUCAGUUCGCAAGUGGUGACCAGAGUUUGUCAGAAGGGAGUUGGAGAAGCUGAAGGUAAAACAGUAUCUGUUGUUGAUACUCCAGGACUCUUGGACACAACACUGUCAACUGAAGAGGUGGUAGAAGAAAUAAUUAAAAGUGUGUCUCUGUCAGCUCCUGGACCUCAUGUGUUCAUCAUUGUGUUGAGUUUGGGGAAAAUCACCCAGGAGGAGAAAGAAAUUUUAGAUUUGAUAAUGAAGAUGUUUGGGUCAGAAGCAGCAAAGUUCAGCAUUGUUCUCUUUACUAAAGCAGAUACUCUGAAAGACCAAACAAUCGAACACUAUGUGGAGAAAAGCAGAAAUUCUAAACUCAAGAGUCUGAUCAGUGACUGUGGAGACAGAUAUCUGGCUUUUAACAACACAGAAACACAAGAUCAGACACAAGUUACUGAGCUGUUCAAUAUGAUAGAAGAGAUAAGACAAUCAAAUCAGGGUCAACACUUCAGUAAUGAUGUGUUUGAGAAGGUAAGGUUCAAUUUUGAUAGAAAAAUGGAAAAACUCGAAGAGAAUAAAAGAAGAAAUCAGGCUUAUAUUGAAGAAUUAUCAGCCAAAUAUGAGAUGGAAAUCAGUAACAGGAGGAGGAGACUGGAAGAGAAGAAGCGAAAGACAGAUGAAGAAAGAGUGAGGUUGGAGAAUAAGUGCAUUAUAAGAGCAGAAAGACUCAGGAGAGAGUUUGAGGAGAAAGAGAAAUCGGAGCAGAAGAAACAAGAGGAGGAGGAUCAGAAACAGGCAGAUGUGGAGGACCAGAUGAGAGAGGAAUAUAAUCAGAGAAUAGAGGAAAUUGAAGAUCAGAGAAAUGAGUAUGAAAACAGAGGCGAGAUGUACAAACAAGAACAGAUGAGAGAUGAAGAACACAUAGAAACACAUAUGAAAGAGGAGGAAACAAAACUGACAGAAUUUGAAGAAAAGAAAUCUGAAAUAAAACAACAUUAUGAGCAGAUGCUGAAGGAGAGAAAAGAGGAGUGUGAGAUAAGAAAACAGGAGGAUGAGGAGAGACAAAAACAGAAGAGGAAGAGAUGGGAGAAAAUGAUUAAAGAUCUGAAACGAGACCAAAAAGAGGAGAUCAAGAGAAGAGACAGAAUGGAGAGAGAAAGAAUAAAAAGAGAAGAAGAAGAGUGUGAGGAAAUGAUAUUGACAAAUCAAGCAGAGAUACGAAGGAUAAAAGAUGAACAUCACAACAAAGCCAGGGAAGAAAAACAAGAGCUGCAAGAUUUUGAAGAGGAAAAGCAGAAGCAAAUUGAGGAGUUCAAGAAGAGUGUUACAGAAGAACUGAAUAAACUAAAAAAGGGAAAAUCAUCAUGCUAUGUCAUGUGA